CUUUACAAGUCCAUCAAACUCCUCCCCACCGUUGGAUGUGAAGCUGACGCAGCCACCCGUUACACCAUCGACCAGAGGACCAUCGGGUCUGCAUUAGCAUUUUCGUAUUCUGACACUGGCUCCUAUGUCGCUGUGUGGCCUUUGCGUAACAACCAGCUAGAGGUGGAGCAUUGUCUUGUCAAUCCUAAUGACAAGGAGUCUCGCGUGAGGAUUUUCCAGGUUGUCAGCUUAGCUGAGACCAACAUGUCGUUGCAGAGUGUCAAAGUUUUCCGUGAGCAGUGGUACGGUCCCUUCAGAGAUGGCGAUCAGCUUGGAGGUUGUGCCAUCCGUAGCUCCGGGUUUGCUUCUACACCUACCACAGCAGCUUCAGUGGUUGCCGGUUCUUGGAGAGGUCUACUUGCUACC